AUGUCCCCUGACAUUGGCCCUCGGACAGAGGAGGUCAGAUUUUCAGGAAAACAAUCUCAGACACCAGACAACCCAGACCACACAAAAACCAUGGGACUUUCUUCCUCCGAGAAUCAGGCGGAAAGAAAGCGCCACCAGUGCUCCCAGUGCUCCCAGCUCUGGAGGAUGGAGGAGGGACACGCAGCGGCGCAGCAGAUGGAGCAGGGGCCGGACUUCGGGGCCUUUCUGCCGGACCACAGGCGCCUCACCCGGCUGUACUGCAUGAAUGGCGGACAUCACCUCCAGCUGCUCCCCGAUGGGACAGUGCGAGGCCAGAGGGAGGAGGAGGACCAACACACCUUUUUGAAGCUUAAAUCUGUGGACAUUGGUGUUGUGGUCAUCCAUGGGGAGCAAGCUGCACUUUACCUGGCUAUGAACAGUGAAGGUCGCUUGUAUGGCUCUCCAUUAGUCAAUGAGGAAUGCUAUUUCUUGGAGAAAAUGGAAGAAAACCACUACAACACAUAUCAAUCCAGAAAAUACAAAGAUCUGAAUUGGUAUGUAGGUUUGAAGAAGAAUGGAAAACCCAAAUUGGGCCCCAGAACCCAUAUCGGACAGAAAGCCGUCUUCUUUCUGCCCAGACAUGUGCACGAUUCAGAGAAAUAA